GCUCGAUUUGUUGUUUGUCGUUGCUAUGUCCCUGCCCUCUUGCGGCCGAUACUUGUGCACGUUACGUGCGUGUAUUGCUGCGUGUAGACAGGAGGAAAAGCAUAAUCACCACCAGGCAACUCGCGUGUGUAGCAACGUGAUAAGUCUGUACCUGUAAGAUAUGCAUACUGUCGGAGAUGCUACGUCGAGUGUCCCAGCUUUUUUGGGGAAACUUUGGAAAUUGGUGGAGGAUCCAUCCACUAACCAUCUCAUCAGCUGGAACUCGAAUGGGAUGAGUUUUACAAUCAGAGAUCAGGCAAGGUUUGCCAGAGAGCUUCUUCCAUUGUAUUAUAAACACAACAACAUGGCCAGCUUUGUCCGCCAAUUAAAUAUGUAUGGAUUCCACAAAGUCGUAUCAGUCGAUUCAGGUGGACUGAAAGUCGAUAAAGAUGAAAUGGAAUUUGCACACAUGUACUUCCUUCAAGGGCAAGAGUUUUUGUUGGAGCAUAUCAAGAGGAAAAUUCCCAUCAGUAAACAAGAAGAAACAAAACAUACUAAGCCUGAAGUGCUUUCAAGGGUCUUGGCUGAUGUCCGCAGUAUGAAGGGGAAACAGGAAAAUGUAGAUUCUCGCUUGAAUACCAUGAAACGAGAAAAUGAAGCCUUGUGGAGAGAAGUGGCUUCACUAAGACAGAAACAUAUGAAACAACAGCAAAUAGUCAAUAAGCUGAUUCAAUUUCUUAUAAGCAUUGUACAACCUAAUGGACGUGCGGGCCUGGGGCUCAAAAGGAGGUAUCCAUUGAUGUUGGGUGAAGCUGUUCGUUCAACAACCAACUCUAGCACCACCGAAAAAGGUAUUCAGAAAGAAACAGGAGGGAAGCAAAAUGAUGGAAGGCUGAAAGAUCUGGAAGAUUCAGCGGUUUCGGGCAACCCUAACGUGUCGGAUAUACCAUCACCCAAAGGACCUAUCAUACAUGAUGUCACCGAUAUCGACGAAAGCAGUUGUGCUGAUCUUAUUGGAAACUGCAACGAAUUAGACGCUGAUCAAAUGGAUGAAAUUACUGAAGUAGUGCCCAAUGAAAAAUCUCCUGAAAUCUUUUUCCCCAUGGCCCAAAUUUCAGAGUUGCCCAUUUCAGUUGAAUCUACUGAACAUGAAGAGGAAGUACCAGCUGAAGAAGCAGUAGAAGACGGUUUGGGAGUCGAAAAUCCCGAUUUUAACACAAUGGUCCAGAUGGAAGCUGGAACAUCCAAUAGUGGUUCUGGAAUCCUUGAGAGCUCCGCAAUGGCUAGUCCAAUGAGUCCUGAUCUGUUGAUGGCUGUAGAUCCUCGUGAAGUCAAUUCGGGGGCUUUACUCAGCUUCGAAGAAAAUCGAAAGGAGAAAGGUGGACGUGGCAAGUCGGUUGUCAAAAACCAAGAAAGAUCUGUUGCAUCCACCGAAUCAAACGUCUUGGAGAGCAGAGAGGAGUUGGACAACCAUCUAGACACGAUGCAGGUCGACUUGGAACAACUUCGUGAGGUCUUGAGUCUUCAGGGAAAUCCACUUGAUGCCUCUACGUUGCUUGGGGUAUGUGAUUCUCUCGGUCUGAAUUUCGAACCGACGUUAGAUUCAUGUAAUUGGGCGGGUUAUUCUGCGACCUGGAACCGGAGGGGAAUACCUUCGGACAGUUCGCCAUCUCUCGCUUCACUGCUAGAACACCAGAUGCUGCCAAAGCUUUUCAGUGCAGAUGAUACCCUACCAAGCAACGGUUAUUUGUCGAUGGACAUGGACAUGUUCAAAAACCCGUCCCAAGGUGCUAUUCUCGGUAAUGAAGUGAUAGCUUAUAACGAUGCGUCAUUCUUCGAUAUGGUCGAUGAUUAUGGUGAUGGACAGAUGGCAGGUGAUCGAACAACUCGAGAUUUGGAAGAUGAUUCUAUCGUGAAAGACACUACCGAUUUGUUUGAUCUCCUGGAUGAUCCUCCUCAGCCCACAACUGCGAUACCCCCUACAACUGUAUCCGCCGCCAAGAAGAAAAAGAGAAAUUGAAGCAAGCGAAUAGCGCGAAAAAGAGAGGACAACGUAACAACAAAAUGUGGCUGUAUCCCGCCUCGCUUUAUUUCGACGCGUCCUAUCCCCAACUAAAAAUACCUCUCUUUUCUUUAUGAUAUAUAACUUUAUGCGUGUUAUCGUCAUUAACAGACCUUUGUUUCGUUUUCCCACCUUAGUUUUUUUUUUCGUACCCUUUUUUGAUUUUCAUUUAACUUUAAAGUAGAAAGUCAAUUUGAUGACGGAGAGUAUGUAGAUUCGCUAGCCAACCCCUGUGUAAUGUCAUCAAGCACAUUUGCCAUACUUGUUAUUAUUAUUACUACUAUUACUUUAAUUUUUAAUCGCAGGAAAUUGGAAGGGUUAGAAAGGGGGAUAUGAAGUGAUUUGUUAUUCGCAUUCGACGAUGGGCUUAUCGCGCGCAAUUGCAGGGUGUGUGAUGCGUAUGUGUUUAUUUUGGAUUUGUAGGUUUGCUUUUUGUACGACGAACCUACUUAUUUAUAUACAUAAAGUUGUCUGGGCAGCAACGGAAGGAGCAGAGGAAAAAAAAUUUUCACCGAGAAGGUGAUCGAAGCGAAUGUUCUUCUUUUCUCUGUUUUAAAAGAUACCUACUAAAAAGAGGAAGAAAGCAAACAUUGACGCCGUUAUGAGAAUUCAUUUGUGUCAACUGUUUUUCUCACACGUGUUGGCUAUGUGAUUCGACGUCGUUACGGUAUACAUCAAUAAAACUCAACAAUUAAAACCCA